AUGGUGGACUACUACGAGGUGCUGGGUGUGCCCCGGCAGGCCUCCUCGGAGGCCAUCAAGAAGGCGUACCGCAAGCUGGCGCUCAAGUGGCACCCCGACAAGAACCCGGAGAACAAGGAGGAGGCCGAGAAGAGAUUCAAGCAGGUGGCCCAGGCCUACGAGGUGUUGUCGGACGCCAAGAAACGCGACGUCUACGACCGCUACGGUGAGGCCGGAGUGGACGGCGGCAGCGCGGGCGCAGGCACCUUCGAGGACCCCUUCCAGUUCGUCUUCACUUUCCGCGACCCGGCUGAGGUCUUCAAGGAGUUCUUCGGCGGCCGGGACCCUUUUUCGUUUGACUUCUUCGGAGACCCGCUUGAGAACAUUUUUGGGGGUCGGAGGAGCUCCCGGGGAAGCAGAGGGUCCGCACCCCUUUUCUCUACCUUCAGUGGCUUCCCAGCUUUUGGGGGUGGUUUUUCUUCUUUUGAUACAGGAUUUACUUCCUUUGGUUCCCUUGAAAAUGGAGGCCUUUCUUCCUUCUCCAUGUCUUGUGGCAGUGGUGGGACAGGAAGCUUCAAGUCCAUGUCAACUUCCACCGAAAUAGUUAAUGGCAAAAAAGUCACCACCAAAAGAAUCAUUGAGAAUGGCCAGGAAAGAGUGGAAGUGGAAGAAGACGGAGAGUUAAAGUCCCUGAUAAUAAAUGGCAGAGAGCAGUUGCUACACAUUGACACCAAGUAAUUCCCCUG